AUGGAGAACGCCGACACGCUGCUGCGCAAGCUGACGCUGGAGGAGAAGGCCAAACUAUCCACGGGCGCCGACUUUUGGCACACCUUUGCCGUUGAGCGGCUUGGAGUGCAGCCCCUAUUAUUGACUGAUGGGCCGCACGGACUGCGGAAGUCGGUGGAGGUGCAAGAGGGUGAGUCAUUUCUGCGAGGUGUUCCCGCAACCUGCUUCCCAACUGCUGUGGGAUUGGGCGCGACAUGGAACCGUGAACUAGUAUCUGAAAUGGGUCGGGCGUUGGCGGCGGAGUGCCAUGCUGAGAAAGUGGCGGUGUUGUUGGGCCCUGGCGCAAACAUCAAGCGUUCACCUCUGUGCGGUCGCAACUUUGAGUACAUUUCGGAGGACCCGUUCCUGAGCUCCCGCAUCGCCGCCGCAUUCAUCAAGGGCGUGCAAAAUGGGGGCGUGGGUACGUCGAUGAAGCACUUUGCCGCGAACAACCAAGAGACUAACCGCGGCACUUGCAGCAACUCCGUUGUGGACGAACGCACCCUUCGCGAGAUAUAUCUUGCAAGUUUCGAGUACGCCGUGAAAGAGGCAAAGCCGUGGACGGUAAUGUGUUCAUAUAACCAUUUGAAUGGUGUGUACGCCUCGCAGAAUGAAUGGCUUCUCAAUAAAGUUCUGCGCGAGGAUUGGGGAUUCGAAGGCUUGGUGGUGUCUGACUGGGGCGCGGUGGACGACCGUGUGGCGGCGUUGCGCGCCGGCCUCGACCUCGAGAUGCCAAGCUGCCACGGUCUCACCACCGCCAAGGUUCUUUCCGCCAUUAAGAGCGGCGAGCUCGACGAAAAGGUGCUGGACACUUCUGUGAAGCGCAUCCUCGAGCUGAAUGCCAAAAGUCAGCGAACUAUGGUUGCCAAUGCCACUUUUGACCGGGACGCACAUCACACUCUCGCGCGCCAUGUUGCCCAUGAGGCGAUGGUGCUGCUUAAGAACGAGGGUGGCUUGCUCCCGCUGCGGCGUGGUGCGGCGCGCGUGGCCGUCAUUGGUGAGUUCGCAAAGUCACCGCGCUUUCAGGGAGCUGGAAGCUCGUUGGUGAACGCCACGCGAACGGAGUGCGCCUGGGACGCCAUGUGUGAGCUUGUCGGCGAGAAGCACCUUACAUUCUCGAGCGGCUAUGAGGCGAUGAAGGAGGAGGUCUGUAUGGGUCUCUUGGACGAUGCUGUGACGGCAGCUCAGAAGGCCGACGUGGCGGUGCUCUUCGUCGGGCUUUUGCGAGAGUUGGAGGCAGCCGAUCGUGAGGAUUUGCAUCUCCCUGAGAGCCAUGCCAGGCUGAUUGAGUCUGUUGCCAAGGUGCAGCGGAACGUGGUGGUGGUGCUGCACAACGGCGCCCCAGUGGAUAUGCCCUGGAUUGAGCGCGUGCCGGCCGUUCUGGAGGCAUACCUUGCCGGCCAGGCAGGUGGCGGUGCAGUGUCGGACAUCUUGUUUGGUGUCUGUUGCCCGUCAGGGAAGCUUGCCGAAACCUUCGCAAAGAGAGUGUGCGACACCCCGCCGUUCCCAUUCUAUCCGAGCAAGAAGGACGCAGAGUACCGCGAGGGCAUCCUCGUCGGCUACCGCUACUAUGACACAAAGGGGAUCGAACCACUGUUUCCGUUCGGUCAUGGCCUCAGCUACACUGAGUUUCAGUACAGCGACCUGGUGGUUGAGGCUAGGCAAGGAGCUCCCCACGACGUCUCCGUGUCGGUGGCGCUGACGGUGAAGAACACGGGGAAGGUGGCCGGCAAGGAAGUUGUGCAGCUGUACGUCCAUGACCCGCACGCGGAGGUUGUGCGUCCUGCGAAGGAACUCAAGGAGUUUGCGAAGUUGGCCCUUCAGCCCGAUGAAUCUAUGCGGGUGACAUUUGAGCUUGACAGACGUUCCUUCUCCUAUUACGACGUGGAAAAGAAGCAGUGGCGCAUGCACAGCCGCACCUACACUAUUCUCGUUGGGUCUUCGUCGCGCGACAUUCGCCUACAGGCGCAGGUGCAGGCAACUAAAGAAGUAGUGAAGGAAAUACCAGAAAUCCACCGCAACGUUUCACUGAAGGUUGUGGCCCAAUUUCCGGGAAUGGCGCCGCUUGCGGAGGCGCUCGCCACGAAGAUGGGAAUGGCUGGGCUGAAGGAAGGCAGUGAUAUGUACGAGCUGAUCUACAACAUGCCCAUCCGCUCCAUUUGUCGCUUUGGUGGCGUUAGCGAGGAGCAAAUGGGAGAGUUUCUCGAGAAAGCGCGCCAGGCCGUUUUAAAAGCGUAG